GUGCUAUUGUGAUUCCCUGGAACUAUCCCCUAAUGAUGCUGGCCUGGAAGACUGCAGCUUGCCUGGCAGCUGGAAACACCAUGGUUCUCAAACCUGCUCAGGUUACUCCACUUACAGCAUUAAAGUUUGCUGAAUUGGGAGCAAGAGCGGGGCUGCCUAAAGGGGUGAUUAACAUUUUACCUGGAUCAGGUGCUGUGGUGGGGCAGCGUUUGUCUGACCAUCCUGACGUACGUAAGCUGGGCUUCACAGGUUCCACUGAAAUCGGUAAACACAUCAUGAAAAGCUGUGCAGUCAGUAACGUAAAGAAAGUCUCUUUGGAGCUUGGAGGAAAAUCCCCUCUCAUCAUCUUCAGUGACUGUGACAUGGACAAAGCUGUGCGCAUGGGCAUGAACUCCGUGUUCUUUAACAAAGGAGAAAACUGCAUUGCAGCUGGCAGGCUGUUUGUGGAGGACUCCGUUCAUGACCAGUUUGUAGAAAAAGUG